AGGAGAGGAAGAGACAGAGGAAAGAGGGGAGAGAGAGAGGGAGGGAGAUACAGAGUGAGGGCAAGCAGAGCCAAGACUUGAGGGCAGGUCAGUCCUCCUUGGCAUUCUGAACUCCCCAGAGUCCCUGGAUCCGCAGGGAAGAAAAGCAGAAACAGAAAGGGUUAUGACCACUUCAUGCUUAACUCCUGACUCAGAAAACAUGUUUUCUCCCCCUCACCCUAGAGGCACUGCCUGGUCUUGGUACUGAGGGGAGGAACCCUGGCUGUCCCCACGUAUGGCACAUAGCCAACCGACGCUAGUUUCUCUCCUUCCUUCCUUCUUUCAUUGCGGUGCCCAGCAGCUGUUCCCAUUUCUCUUUUUGGGGAGGAAGUCAUAAAGUGCUUUGAGAUCCCUGUAGGGUAUGUCUACAUAACUGGAUGACCAGCCAUUUCCCAUCAUUCCCUGUUUCUUGCCAUCCCUCUCCUCUCUUAUCCUCUCCCUCACCCUGGUCCUCUACUCCCCCCUUCCCCCCACCCCUGCAGUUCCUGGGUCACUCAAACAAGCAGUUCAUUGUGCCUGAUCCGGCAGCUGAGGCGGCGCCAAGAGCAGGAGCAGGGACAGAGCUGAUGGCUGGUGCCCAGGGGAGGAGUCUGCCUCUUGGGGCAUCGGGAGUCCAGGGAGAGCCGGUCCCCUGUGGGUCUGUGGGCCCUGGCCACGCCAUGGAGACCCCAUACUACAGUCUCCCCCCGGGGCUCAGCCUCAAUGACUUCAUCCCCGGCCACCUGCAGGCACACACAUUACCGCACCGUCAAGGGACCCGGGUGCCGGUGCUCCGGAACGGUGCCUCCAACACGCUCAACUUCCAGUUCCAUGAUCCGGCUCCCCGGACCGUGUGCAAUGGGCGCUCCCCACCCAGGAGAGUCGCCCCAGAUCCUUCUUGGUAUCAGACCUGGCCUGUUCCUGAGAACCAGGACCCUGGAGGCACUAAGCCACUCAUAUCCCAGUCUGCCCCAAACUGGUCAGCCACGUGGACCAAAGGCAGCAAACACCGGGACAAGUGCUGGGUCAAAUAUGAGGGCAUUGGGCCAGUGGAUGAGAGUGGCAUGCCCAUUGCCCCUCGUUCUAGUGUAGGGAGCCCACGGGAUUGGUACCGGAAAAUGUUCCAGCAGAUCCACCAGAAACUGCCAGAGCUGCAGCUGGACUGGACUUCUGAGGAGCAAGGCCAAGACUCUGGGCGUCUUGGACCACCCUUGAGAAGCACCCCUCAGAGGAGUCCCUUCUCUCCCCACAUCAGGAGGAGCCUCAAGGACCCUAAAGAAGGGGCUGGGAACAUCUUCAGCUCUAAGCCCAGAACCUCACCUCUCCUGCAGUCAAGACCUCAGGUGGUCAGGUACCAGAAGAAAGCAGAAGAUAUCUGGACUGAAGACUCCUGGAAACAGUUUUUGCAAGAACUAGAGACAGGACAGAAGCCCAAAAAGUCACUGGUGGAUGAACCAGCUGAGAAGCCCUCUUUACCAAUUGAGAUCUUACUGGAGAGAGAGCUGGCCAGGCUGAAUGAGGAGCUGGACAAAGACAUGCGAGCCAUCGAGAUGAGGCUGCCCCCCGACCAGGGUUCCUUGCAGGCUAGCCGCCCCCUGGGCAGAGGACCCUUGGCUCGCUUGGCUCCAGCCUGGGCUUCCAGUCCAUCCCAAGCACUUUACCAUAGUACCUCACAAGCCCUGAGCCCCCACAGAAUGGAAGAUGGAGGGAGCCCCUUCUUGGGUCGGAGAGAUUUUCUCUACCCACCCCCAACCCAAGAUCCAGGUGGGGCAGAUCUUGGGGAUGGCCUGGCCAAGAAAGAAGAAAAGAAGAUGAAGGCUGCUCGGCUCAAGUUUGAUUUUCAGGCUCAGUCACCUAAGGAGUUGACCCUGCAGAAGGGAGACAUUGUGUACAUCCACAAAGAAGUGGACAAAAACUGGCUGGAGGGAGAACACCAUGGGCGGCUUGGCAUCUUUCCAACUAACUAUGUUGAGGUGCUGCCCCCAAAUGAGAUCCCAAAGCCCAUUAAACCCCCAACCUACCAGGUACUGGAAUAUGGAGAGGCCGUGGCCCAGUACAACUUCAAGGGAGAUCUGGAGGUGGAGCUAUCCUUCCGAAAGGGGGAGCGUAUUUGCCUGAUAAGGAAGGUGGAUGAAAACUGGUACGAGGGGCGCAUCUCAGGGACUGGACGACAGGGCAUCUUUCCUGCCAACUAUGUCCAAGUCUCCAAAGAACCCAGGCUCAAGAUCUGCGAAGAUGGUCCUGCCCCCACGCACCUGGCCCUGGCUGGCUCCCAAGUUCCUGGGUCCCCACGCCUGAGCACUUCUCACCGGGCAAGGCCGCCUGGUUCCCCCUCUGCACCCCAAAACACAGCCGACAUCACCGAUUGGGGGGGCCGAACGUCUCCCUAUCGCACCUUUCGUUCCAGCACCCAGGAACCUUCCCCAAGGACCUCUCCGUCCAGACCUCAAACCCAGGCUCUUGGUGCCUCUAGGACAUCACCACACCACCACUGGGGUCCCAGCUCUCACCAAGACCCUCCCCCUUCCUCUUCUGGAUCCUCUAAUAUUCACUGGACCCCGUAUCGGGCAGUAUAUCGGUACUGGCCCCAGAAUGAAGAUGAAUUGGAGCUUCGAGAAGGAGACCAGGUGGAUGUCAUGCAGCAGUGUGACGAUGGCUGGUUUGUGGGUGUUUCUCGGAGGACCCAGAAAUUCGGAACAUUCCCCGGAAACUACGUGGCCCCGGUUUGAGUGGACGCUUUGGCAGCCUGGAACAAGCCCAGUGGGCUGCCGUAUAAAUGCCCAGUCCUGGGGUGGGCGGCAAAUUUAGGGCCCCGGUGACAGGGACUCUGUGCAAGCUCCCCUUCCUUAGUUAACUCCCACUGCCCAUCGCCAGCUGCUUUGUUGUGGUGUCUCUCUAGACCCGGGAGGAUGGGGUGGGAGGGGAGGAGGGGCCUCUGCACGAGGCCCCUUCCUGCAUCCGGCACCAGAGCGCAUUCUCUGCCUCCUCUUCCCAUCCUCCCUGCCCGAGGGGACCUGGAGUAACUGCUCUCCGCCUCACAGACAUUCCUCUAACAGCACCCCUUCCCUCACUGUCUAGCUCUCCUCUCCCCAGGACUUAUUGCCAGCCUUAUUGAGACCAGACAUGGCUUUCCUUCUCCCCCUUCCCUCCCCCUCGUCUCCUCGCACUAGUGUGCCCUCUAACAAGGACCAACUUCUUAACUUAAUGGGGACCAAAUGUUGCCACCUGGGAGAGGUUUCUGCCCCCUAUCCCAGCUUGCCUUGCACGUCCAUGUUUUCCCCAGAGUCCUCCCCACCCUUUCUUUGCCAGCUGAGUUGGGCCACUUCCCUGGUCUCCUCCGAGCUCCCAUGAUCCCGGGAGCCUGGCUGCACAUCCCCCCUCCCAUGACACCCUCGUCCUCUCCCCAGAGAGAUUGUAUAAUAAACCUGGACACACCUCUCUCCA